AUGGCAACUUCAUUCGCCGAUGCGGGGCCAUUGGACGAGUACUUUCGGGAUGAAAUCGAUUCAAGCAACGAACACCGACCUGUUCAAGGUCAAAAUCUAGAUAUGGAGAUGGAGUUGAAUAGUCAAAAUAGAAGAAGUUCAGGUCUAUCAGACGAAUCAGGUGAUAUUACAUUGGUAGAUCGUUCAUCGCUCUCACCCAAUACCUUGAAAGGAUGGACAGGUUCAUUGCCCAAUUCAGCCGGUCCAAGCAAUACCAACAACACCUUCGACGUCAACGUCCUCGUACCUGGGAAAUUCCCUUCUCCAAGUAGAAUAUCAUUCUCCGAUGAAACGUUCGCCGAAAAGUUCAGAUAUCUCAUCUGUUCGAGUGGGUUGUUGGAGAAGGAUUAUGUACCUGCCUUAAGUGGUGGGCUGGAGAGUGAAUUGGGAGACGAUAUACCCGGAAAUAAUGAAGAGACGUGGAAAGUGUUAGAAGGGUGGAUACAAAAAGGGAAAGAGAGGUGGGAUCUGGUUUUAGCUGGUUUAGCAUUGCUGGUCGGGUUGAUGAUAAGUUUGGGUUUGUGGACGAUAUUGGGAAUGUUGAGUGUAGGUAUACUCGGGAUAGGGUGGUACACGGGACUAGCACCUAUAUCAAAAGAUAUUUCGAAUAACACCACCGCUGCCUCAGAUCAUGAUACUCCUCAGUCAGCUGCUCUCACCUCACUUACCAACUUCGUCACCCAAUCGCAAAAUCUCAACAACACUCUCUUAUCUUCCUUAUCCCUCCUCGAACCCCAUCCCUACAAUUUAUACACCCACAACCCUCUUCGAGUCACACUCCAUCGUUUCACCGGCAACAUGACUGAUCAUCUCGCAACGGCCACAUCGACACUCUUAGAACUCACAGAUCGAAGAGAAUUGGCCGUCCUAGGUGAGAUGUAUGAUAUUCCCGUCGUUGGGUCUUUCUUCUAUUCUCGAGGUAGAAAGCAUCACAGCAUAACGGAUUCAUCAAGUGAAGAAGAGUAUGACCAACCCAUAUCCAACCAACGACCUGGCUUACCACAUCGUCCCUCAUCACACCCAUCCCCGCAAAGGCAUAUACACGCUUCUCACAAUUCCACUUCCUCUCUUCCUGUUUAUGCGAGUUCGUCACCUCUCAAGAAGUUACACAGCGCUCAAAGAAUCUCGUUCAGCUCUUCGCCAGGUGGAGAUGACAGAUUCACUCAAUUACCGGACAAGACGCCCAGGUUGUCCAAAAGAGCCAGCGUGGAAAGGUUGAGGGAUUUAUGGUCGCAAUCACCAAGAUACGAGAGACCAAGGCACGAGAGAAGAAUAACGGAAGCUGAUGAAGAAGCUGAGAACGAAGAUACUACCACUUCGGAUCAAUCUAUGUCAAGUGACGACAUCACUCCGGUCAAGCUGGACAGACGCGACUGCAGCACAGACAAUCUAAUUGGAUCGACGGUAGUAUCACCCAAGUCACCUCCGGCUGCCGGUCGAGCAGGUCUAGGAGUGACCAUCCCACGUACACCAAUAUUGACUCGGGAAACAUCCCGUGGUUCUUCUGCUUCACCAUUGAGACAUAUUCCAUCACCAUUAUCAAGGAGAUUAUCAAAUGCCAGCGAACGUCUUCAGCCACUACGUACAGCUGCAAUGGCUACACCCUCUAGAUCUCUUCCAGGAUCAACAACCCUACUUCCUUCUCCAUUCAUGAGUGAUCAAACCUCGGCUUCAGAUAUCGUCCCACCCUCUUCAGCACCGUUACGAGCUGUAACUUCCCUUGAUCCUCUUCUGUCUACCUCUGAAGCCGGUGCGAGUGGUAACCCGAAAAGAAGAAGUCUGCAAAAUAUGGUAUAUUAUCAUUCAUCCGACGAGAAUGAUCCUCAUCAAAGCUUGAGUUCUGGUCCUUUAUCUGCUGGAUUGACCAGAACUAGAUCAAUGCCUCUAUCGGAUUUACAAGCUUUACGAAGCGCUUCUACUGCUGGAGGUAGAGGUGGAAGAUCAAGAAGGUCGUCGUUGAACCCUUCUUCCAUUAGAUCCAAUAUCGGUUUGGGAAUAGGAAUAGGUUUUCCGCCAGAUAGAAAAGAUAAAAGAGCAAGUCUGACUACCCUGCCUCCUGCAUCACCUGACCCAUCCUUGAACCUCAACCUGAGACGUGUAGAGAGUAUAUCUCCAUUGACUACUCCUUCACUCAAGGCUAGUUGCCUUGGUAUACAUCUCAAGAGAAGACGAAUGACAUGUUGUCUGUUAGGAUUGAAAUUUAGGGAAAACCAAGAUGAUGGUUAUUGGAGGGAAGUAAAGGGGAUCUUGGAUGAUUUGGUGUAUAGUAUGAUAGAGGAGAAGAGAAUUUUGGAGGAAGUCCUGAAAGAUUCUGAGCGAGAAGAAAGAAUUAUCAGAUUGUUGAAUUCCGACAAAGAUGAAGACUUCAAAAGUAAUGAUAAUGGUUUAUCGGAUAUUUGGUCACCUUCGCCUAUCGAAUCUGUAUUCCCUGAGCACAAGAGAGAUUUUGCGCCGAAGACGCCGGAUGAAGUUCUGUUGAAUGAACAUAUGGAUAAAUUGGCUCAGGCCCUGAUAGGCAGUUGGAAAGAGUUAUCUAAGGUCAGACAUAGUCUGGGGUCUAACAGUAAAGAGGGACAAGGAUUGGGGUUGAUGGACAAUUGGAUUCAGGUCAGGAGUAAAUUAGGAGAUGGGAUUAGAGAAUGGGAGAGGGGUAAGGAAGUGAUACUGAGAAUGACUAGUCAGAAUCACGGAAGUGAUAAUGUCCGAGUGUCGUCAUCGACAGAAGAUGAUCAGCGCCAAAGUGUUGAGCAGGAGAAGGAUGUACGACAAUCAAUAUCUCCGUUACCGGAAUUCAUGAAAGCAUGGACGACCACCGACGACGACGAAAAUCAAGAUCAAGAAUCAGCCGAUAAAAGUCUUGAAGAUGCGGAAGAACCUCUACCACCUGUGGGGAAAGAUCUAAUCUUCGAGGCCACAUCCAGUAUACCUUUAAAUGAAGAUAAAGUAUUGCUUAGUAAGAUGAGGAGAGAAGAUAGGAUCAAACUUACCAAACAAGCUAGAGAGAAAGGUAUAUCAGUAGUGGAACUGCUCAAAGAUCGAAAUGGUCUUGGUGAUCAGAAAGAGAAAGAUGUAAGGGAGAUGAAAAUCCGGAGUGGACAGGUGGUCGAUGAGUUGAGAGGUGUGAUUGGGAGUAUCAGACGGAUGAAGGUUGGGGAUUUACCAGGGGAAGAUGGACUGUCGAUGAUGGAUGGACAUGCAAAGGGAACUGGUGUGAAGGAUUUCGUUGAAACAACGUCACUUUUGCCGUCGCUGCCAAUCCCUCUUUCCGAUCGACAAUUGAACGAGAAGGUUAUCGAACAGCACAUCUCUCAAGGCCAGGAUGACCUUGUGAGGAUGCUCGCCAAUCCAGUAAACCGAAACGACUACAAUGAUAAGAAGGACGAACGAUUGAAUCAAGAUAGUCAAAUACGCCUCACACGAACAUCAGAAGUAACGAACCCACAAGAUGGUCAGAAUAUUCCUGACGAUUUCAGUGACAGAUUCAUGUUGGAUCUGAAUGAACUGAAAAGAAAUAUCAGACCGAUGAACAAUAACGAUAGUGAUGAGGACAUGUUGGAGUAG